AUGCAGGUAUUAAUGAUAUUAAGUAGUGCAUUAUUACGUGAUACUGUAGAAGACACAGACACCACAUUUGAAGAAUUAGAAGAACAUUUUGGUAAACAAAUUACUCAAUAUGUACGUGAGGUAACAGAUGAUAAAAAAUUGAAAGUAACAAGAAAAAAAUUACAAAUUGAGCAUAGUGGAACAAUUUCUUAUGGUGGCAAAAUGAUUAAAUAUGCAGAUAAAAUACAAAACAUGGGAUCAAUUAUUUCUACUGUGCCAUGUCCAUUUAAACCAUACGAAGUAGCUCAAGGGUAUAUGGUUUGGGGAAAAAAGUAA